CUUGUGUUUGCUUGCUUGCUUGCUUGCUUGCGUGUUGUGUGUUGUUGUUUUUGCUGACUCCACCACUUCCCUUCCAAUCAACCUCCACCCAGCGCACGCCGCACCACCAAUCCAAACAAUACAAUACAAACAACAAGGCAUGACACAGACCCAGCAGCAGCAACCGCCGCAGCACGGGCAGCAGCAGCACCAUGGCAGGGACGAGGACGUGGAUGUGCUGGAGGAGACGCCACCUGCGUGGCAGCGGUUUGCACCUGCGGUUGGCUUGCUUGCGGUUGGCGUUGGCAGCUUCUUCCUCGCUUUUCGUCGCAGCAUGAGGCAAGCCAAGGCCCUGAACAGAGACCUCCUCGAUGCAGCCAAGGCGACUGGAGAGAUUCAGGAGGAUCCGGCGGACCUGGCGCGAAAGGCAUUGGCGUAUGCCACAGGCAUGGUUGCGGCGCUGGGCGUCACCACGGUCGCCGUCACCAGCGUAGCCCUGGACGUGCAAUCGGUUCCCGAGUUCACUGAUAAGAUGAAGACACACACGCGCGGGUUCUCUGCCGCUGCCAGCCAAUAUGUACAGGCUGUCACGGACAAGUACAUGACCAAAAGGGAGCCGAGUGAAGAAGACAUUGAACUGCUCAAGCAGCUUGGAUACCCAAGUGCAAAACAAGACGAAGCACUGCAUGCCGGCGAUAUCGCCACCGCCAGCCACGUCAGCACAUCGCCGCCACAAUAGUUGUGCUUACCUGCUCCCUCUCUCUUUUCUUUUCCACCGUAUUUGUCUCUUUGCGUGCGCUCUCUGCUCCUGCCCAUUCCCUGACGUGACUGGCUGAAAGGCAAACCCCAGUCGUUUGCCUCCGCAGUUCUUGUUCCCUUAGGCCUUUCCCUGACUUCCUGCCCUCCCCUUGCUUUCUCCUUUAGUCUCAUAAUUGACUGCCCCCUAUUGCCAUGUAUUUCCUGUACUGUAUUGAUGGCCAUUGGAUGGAUGUGUUGAGCGUUCGCGAGACCCUAAACUGGCAACGACGCA